ACAGACAAGUAACUAAAGCCAAUUGGAUUGUAAACUUGUCAGACAGAAAGUUAACAGAAGCAGAGGAAAGUGUACUGAUGAAAGGGAUGAACUUCAAUAUCAGCAACAAAAGAUUAAAACCUGAAGACAUCAUACCUGUAAUUGAAACAGCACUCGAAGGAUAUGACAAGCAAAAAGCUGAACUGGUACGAGCACAAUGUGCACUUACCUUAAAAAAGCAAAAAGCAGAAAAACCAAAUAUAACGAAAGAGGAACUAAAAGCACUUCAAGACAUAAAAGCAGACAAAUCCAUUGUCAUUACUCAAGCAGACAAAGGAAACACAACAGUAUUACUUAACAAAACAACAUAUAAUCAAAAGAUGAAUGAACAUCUACAAUCUGGACCCUAUACCAUAAUGACUAAAUCAGCUGAAACGAUCAUCAACAAAACAAUGAAAGAAACAGCAAAGGUAGUUAGACAAAUGAAAGAAGUAAUUGAUACACAAGGCGAAAAAUGAGAAUAAAGAAGAUAUUCAGUAUCAGGCAACAUAACUUUAGCCGAUUGCUUACAAGAAUUGAAGUGCCUAUUAACAAUAAUGUCAGCAGGAUACGCGACGACAACCAACAGAGAUUUGAAGAGAGACUGAUGCUGAGAUAAGAGAUGUUCGAUUUACUUCCUAUCACAGUGCCAUCAGUAUUACAGGAAUCGUGCAACUGAGUCGGCCCACAAUGUUCAGGAGUACAUUUGGGUGAGCCAAGAACGCAAAUCAAGAACAGUUAACUUAUGUAUUCGGAUUAGCUGUCAUUGUGGAUACUGCCUUUUCUCAUGUUUAUUGGAAACUUGUGGAUCAGAGCUUUUUUAAAUAUUUUGAAUAAUCGUCAGAGUUAUCAAUGCUAUUACAGAUCAUUGAUUUUCAGACUCAAACACAAACUCAAAUAUAUGGUCAAUGACAAAGAUUAUGUAAUUGUUGUUGAAACAUUCGAAAAAGCCGGAGAAUCAGUA